AUGCAGCCCAACAAUGACCUUCUCCUCAAAUCUUUGCGGGUAUUCUUCAAUGAGCCGAGCAACGCCAACGCCUUCUUAGACGUCCUGCAGGCUCGCAAUGGGAAUCCCUCCUUGCGCCUUUUUGAUUGGCUCGUUACUUCUUGGGUCAAGCACCGCACGGUCUUCCAUUCGAUCGACUCCAAAGGGGUCAGGAGGGUGAUGAACCUCUCGACUUCCUAUCGAUCCCAGCUCAAGAGCUUCAACAAGGGCCGCUUCGACCCGUUCUGCCGUCGCGACCGGAUUGUAUUUCCCGUUCGAGACACCAGAGCCGUUCCCUCGGCCCCGUCGUCUGUAGUCCGCGACGGCGUUGAGACGCGAAAGGUCCGAGGAGAGUCGAGAGGCCUGCACGAGCCCAACGAAGCAGAGCUAACGGAGCCGGUCGGCGACGACGAGGUCGUUCAUCAAUUGGUGACCACCGUCGGCCAAAUCAAUUUUUUCAGGUGGUGCAUCACCAACGACGUGCUGGCUUACGCGAGGCAGCACAAGGACGAGAUAGAUUCCGACAUGGUGUCCAGUGCCAAAUCCAGAGAGAUGCGCGUCAAGGCCAAAUCAGUUGCGGCACGAGCGCGAGCAAUAACCCUGGGAUGGUCCACGAGCAACGACUCGAUCCCUCUCUUUCCCCCAACGGAGCUGAGAGUUUGGAUGCAACGGGUUCCCAUUCAGAUUGGAAACACAAACGCACUUUAUGGUGAUACUGAAAUUGUUGGCAGCAACUGGCUGAGAACCGGAACAAUGCAAAACAUGCCCGAUCGAAACAACCUUGACGACUUUGUUUACUUUCAGCACGAGGUGGACCUCCAGAGAAACAGGAAGAUACCCCGGCUAUACCACAAAAACGCUGUGGCCUCACUCAAGACAGUGAACAAGCACCCGUUCACCAACCGCAAUAUCAACCCGAAGAACAUGAGGACCUUUGAGCGGGCCAAUAAUCGGUGA